UCAAACUUCUCACGUUGUCAGGAGCUUGUUAUUUUUUUAUCUUUUUAUUUUGGAAAUUAUUGUCAACCUUUUUCAGCAAAGUAGAAGAUGAAUAGAAAAAUAGAAGAAGAACAGUCACCUUUUUUGGUGCCGUCAAAUGUCCAGUUGUUUGGAUUUUAUCAGUGGAAUGAAGCAAAGAGACGGAAUAAGAAGGGUGGUAAAAGUGUGACUAAAUGUGUCAAGAAAUAUCCUGUGAUAAAAGAAAAAGAAACUUCAAUUGUUACACCAACGGCUAUUACUGACGUCGAUCCUGGUUACUUCACUGAUCUUGCCGGUCGUCCAAUCCGCGAAAAGUUCUCAAGGCGCAAAUAUGUCGAGCAAGUUAACCGAGUACUCAAGACAAGACUCGUCGCUGGGUACAAUCGGGAUCAUUGCAUUAGGAUUGACCAGCAGUUUGAUGAGGAAAGUAAAAGAUUUAGCGACAUUGAGGAUCGUUAUCGCGAGUACAGUAACGCCUUUGAAAAAUAUUUGUCCAACGACCAUGAAGCUAGUAUGAAAGUGUUGGAAGAAGCUGAUCAGGAAGCUCGAAAUAGCAGCAAGAUGAUUUCAAAACGGGACCGAUUGUUUAAAGAAUUUGGACAAGUCAGAUUGGAAGUGUAUCAGUGGCGGGAAAUGUGGCGUGAUGCCAAAAUGUGUCAUGAUUUUAUCCGAAAAGUUUUUUCACCACCUCAACUUAAAGCUGCUACUGCUACUGCCGUUGCUGAUGAUUCUGUUUGUAAAGAAGAUGAAAAAUCAGAUAAUUAUGAAAGUGAGUCAAUUGUUUAUGAAGAACCAGCUGCUAAGUCAUCUCUCGAGUGUCUCAUAGAGUCAUUCGAGGAAGAGAUCAGCGAUAGUAAUCUUGGCUCCGGAGACAUAACUGUAGAGGAUCCUCUGGAAUUGUCACGAAUUUUUUCUGAAAUAGAAUCACGAAAUCUCGACGCGCUUAUUCAUCUAGAAUCUCUGGCCAAACCCAUGGAAGAGAUGACGACAGAUGUUGCCAAAACAGAAGAACUUAUAAAAAAAGAAAUUGGAAUUAUUGAAGACAAUAUCAAAGAGCUCGAGUCUUUGAUCGAAGCUUGCGAACAAAGAGCCGCUAAUCUGAAGGCUUACGCGGAUUAUCUUCUUCAGCAAGUAUUCCGAGAACUUGUAUGCUCGGAAUCAGUUCUCUAUCUCCAAGUUUUUAUUGAAGAUACGUACGAAAGCUGCGUGGGACCGAAUCACGCAAAGUUGGACGGGUUCACUAUGAUGCAGACGAUAGAAAAGAUUUACGAGAGUCUCAAUAUGACUUUGGACAAUUUACCAGCAGACAUUGUCAGGCAGUGCGAGAAAGAAGGAUUUACUCAAGAGAUUAAAAUAAUGCGAGAAGCUGAGGAUGCUGCUCAAAAGUUCAAUCUUAUGCAUCGACUGCUCGCUGCACUGGAGCGAAUAAUGGAACCUCCUGAAUUUAAUUUAAAAACUAAAUCUACAGAUAAAGAUGAUGAUAAAUCAUCCAAGCAUGAUAGCAGAACGAAGUCAUCGGUAUUAACACCGCCAACAUCAUCUCGAUCUUCUCUUAUUGCAAGACAAAAAAAUUUACAACUAAAGCAGCUAACAAUGCCCAGAAAAUCUCGGGGAUUUUUUUCAGAUGAUAAAUCUCUCGAUAGCGAAAUCCAAGAUCUUACUUUCGAAUUAAAAAAACUCGCUGAAGAAAAAAAAAUACCAGAGGAUUCUCUGCCUUCGGGUGCAAGACGAGACUGUCGUGAUUUAAUUUAAUAAUUCUUAUCAUUGCUCUCUUUUAUAUAAAUUAUGUAUUUACAUGUACACAUUUUUUCCAUAUAAGAGUUGUCUUUAAGAAAAACGUAUAAUUUAUAGCGUGGGAUGUAGGGAAAAGGAAAUGUCUUGCAUCACGCAACAUGCGUAGGCGCGCAAUGUUCCGGUAGAAACAACUUAUCGCCUAUUUAUAAAAAAUGUCAUCAAUAAUUUUCCAC